GCUCCUUUCAUUUCGCCACAUUUGAAAUCCUACUCCCAUUUGCCCCCCUAAUGGAAAGGGGGAUAGAGAUAUUUUUCAAUUCAAAUCCAAUUUUAGGGAGAGAGAGAGAAACUCAAGAGCAUUCCAAUCCAACUCUCUGAAUCCAUUGCAGUUUGGAAGUUUAGUGUGAGAGAGAGAUGGCUUCUCCCUUCACCAUCCCCCACAAUCUUGUGGACCUCGAAGAAGAACCAGAAGAUGACCGCCUUUUUGUACGAAACCUCAUCCAAACCCAAAACCUAACCCCUUCUGGACUCGAUGAACUUGUUAAAGGUGUGGUCUUCGAUCUUUCGGACAAGGAUGUAUUUUGUAUAGAAGAGCAAGAAGUAUUUGAUCAAGUGUACUCUCUUGUAAAGGGUUUUGGCCAUUUAGAAGCCUCUGCUAGGGCUAAUUUGAUUGAGAGCUUGCGGUCGAAUUUCAGUGUCCUUCUUCCAAAUAUUGCUUCUCUCUCUAGAACUCCUGUUUCUCCACAUGAGGCUCAAGCUGAGGCUGAACCUUCACCACAUGAACGAGUUGCCUCACAUAGAAAUGCCCUUAAGAUUUACACAUUUUUCCUCCAAACCAUCCUUCUUUCUGGAGAUUCAGGCAGUGGCAAUGCCCCUAAGGGAACUCAGUCCAAGAGCAAGAAGCAUUCGGUUCAGACAUGGAACUGGGAGGUUCAUAGGGGAAGGAUUACCCAUUUGCUUGCUAGUGCCCUUGAAACUGAUCUCAAACCUCUCUAUGGAAUGUCUGAUCCAGAGGAAAAUUACAUAUCUUUUGUAGUCAAGAGUGCUUUCUCCAUGUUUGAGAAUAACACUUUGUUGAAAGAUCCUGAAACGAAAGAUGCCCUUUGCCGAAUAAUCGGCGCUUGUGGAACUAAGUAUCAUUACACAAUGCAAACUGCUGCUUCAAUUUUGCAUCUGAUACACAAGCACGAUUAUCUCCCUCAACACAUGGCCGAUUUAGUUGCUUGGGCCGAGAAGAAAUACAGGGAUGGCAGCUUGGCCCUUGCUCUGAUCACUGAAAUUGGGCGAAUGAAUACGAAAGACUUUACAAGAGACACUGCUGGAGCAGACAAUGUUGGCCGCUUCCUUGUUGAACUUUCUGAUCGAUUGCCCAAAUUGGUAUCGACCAACAUAGGGAUUUUGGUGCCCCAUUUUGGAGGUGAAUCUUACAAAAUAAGAAAUGCCCUUGUUGGGGUCUUUGGAAAGCUUAUUGCGAAGGCAUUCAAAGAUGUUGAAGGUGACUCUGCAGCAAAAGCCCAUAGAUUACGUGGCAAACAAGCAAUGCUUGAAAUUCUUCUUGAAAGGUGUCGGGAUGUCUCUGCUUAUACCAGGAGUCGAGUUCUUCAAGUGUGGGCUGAGCUUUGUGAAGAGCGUGCUGUUUCUAUUGGAUUAUGGAAUGAGGUCACAGAGAUUGCAGCUGGGAGAUUGGAAGAUAAGAGUGCAUUUGUGAGGAAAUCUGCCCUCAACUUGCUCAUCACCAUGUUACAGUAUAACCCAUUUGGUCCUCAGCUUCGAACCUCUUCGUUCGAAGGAACCCUCGAGAAAUACAAGCAAAAACUUCAAGAGAUGGCACCUGCUGAGCAUUCUGAGGAGAGUGGGCAAGGGGAGGUCAUUGACGAAUCCACCGCCCAUGAAGAUGAUGGGGAUGUUGAUUCAAAAUUAAGUAAUGGAGGGAAUGGUAGUAUUAAUCAGAUUGAUUCUCAAUCGCAAGACAUAGGUGGUGAGAGCUGUUCGUUUUCUGUCCACAAUGGAGUUUCAAUAGAGGGUCCUCUGGGUAUUGCAAAUUUGGAACAAACGAGGGCUCUAGUUGCAUCUCUUGAGGCUGGUUUGAGAUUCGCGAAGUGCUUAUCGUCAACGAUGCCCACAUUGGUACAACUGUUAGCUUCUUCGACUGCCACUGAUGUUGAGCACACAAUCCUGUUGCUUAUGCGCUGCAGACAAUUCCAGAUAGAUGGUGCUGAGGCCUGUCUCCGGAAAAUGCUGCCUUUGGUGUUUUCUCAAGAUAAAUCUAUUUAUGAUGCCGUUGAAGGGGCAUUUAUUACAAUCUAUGUACAAAAAAGUGCAACAGAGGCUGCUGCAAAUCUUUUGCAUCUUGCUAUUGACUCUAACAUUGGAGAUCUUGCGGCCCUCGAGUUUAUUGUGAGUACUUUGGUGGCCAAAGGGGAUAUCAGUGCAUCUGUGAUAUCUGCGUUGUGGGAUUUCUUUUGUUUCAAUGUCAGUGGAGUGACCGCAGAGCAAAGCCGUGGAGCUCUAUCGGUUCUUUGCAUGGCAGCAAAGACAUCAACAAAGAUUCUCGGCUCUCAUUUGCAAGACAUCAUUGAUAUUGGUUUUGGACGUUGGGCCAAGGUGGAACCUUUACUGGCUAGAACUACAUGCAUUGCCCUAGAACGAUUGCCUGAUGAAGAUAAACAAAAACUAGUGUCCAGUUGUGGCAAUGGCAGCAGGGUGUUUAGUAUUUUGCAAACCUUAAUUAAUGGUUAUUGGCUCCCAGAUCAUAUCUGGUAUUCUGCUGUAGAGAAGGCCAUAAGUACUAUAUACAUAGUUCACCCCACUCCUGAAGUCUUAGCUGCGGAGGUGGUGAGGCAAGUGCAAAAUGCUUUAUUUGGCUGCAUUGCAGGAGAAAAAGAAUCAUCUGAUUUGGAUGGUGAUGGAGCCAAUGGUGGGAACUUCAUUUCCGCAGUGCAAGUAUCGACGCUUAGCAGAUAUUUCUUUGUUGUGGGUCAUGUGGCCUUGAAUCACUUGGUUUAUAUUGAGACCUGUGUUAAAAAGAUCCAGAAGCAGAAAACAAAGAAAGAGAGAUCUCUUCCUGAGGAUGUGCAGAGUGGUGGUAUGGGAGCACCUCUUCAGGUUGCUGCUCAGGAUAAUAAUAUUAAUGCUGAAUUGGGCAUCAAUGCUUCGGAUGAUGCAAAGCUUGAUUCACUAUCAGAAAAAGCAGAGAAAGAAAUUGUGUCAGGAAACAAUGCUGGAAAGAAUUUAAUCGGACUCUGUGCACCGGUCUUAACAAAGCUUUGUAGAAAUUUUAGUCUUGUGCAAAAGUUUCCAGAAUUGCAUGCUUCAGGAAUGCUCGGACUUUGUAAGCUAAUGGUCAUUGAUGCCAACUUCUGUGAAGCAAAUCUUCAGCUUCUGUUCACGGUUGCUGAGAGUGCGCCAACUGAAGCGGUUCGCUCCAACUGCACAAUAGCCCUUGGCGAUUUGGCUGUUCGUUUCCCUAACCUUUUGGAGCCAUGGACUGAGAAAAUGUAUGGAAGACUGCGUGAUCCUAUUGUCUCCGUUCGUAAGAAUGCUGUUUUGGUUCUUUCCCAUCUGAUAUUGAAUGACAUGAUGAAGGUAAAAGGUUACAUUAAUGAAAUGGCGCUAUGCUUGGAAGAUAUGGAUGAGAGAAUUGCAAACCUUGCCAAAUUAUUUUUUAAUGAGUUGUCGAAAAAGGGGAGCAACCCCAUUUAUAAUCUACUACCAGAUAUUCUCAGUAGAUUGUCCAAUGACAACCUUGAGGAACAAACUUUCUGCAACAUUAUGCAGUAUUUAAUUGGUUUGAUAAAGAAGGAUAAACAAAUGGAAGGUCUUGUUGAGAAGCUUUGCAAUAGGUUUUGUGGUGUCACUGAUAUAAAACAGUGGGAGGGUAUUGCCUACUGUCUUUCUCAGUUAGCAUUUACUGAAAAGGGAAUGAAGAAGCUUAUAGAGUCUUUUAAAAGCUAUGAACAUGCCCUGUCAGAGGAUUCGGUGGUGGAACACUUUAGGAACAUCAUUAGCAAGGCUAAAAAGUUUUCAAAGCCAGAGCUUAGAUCUUGUAUUGAAGAAUUUGAGGAGAAGCUCAACAUGUUCCAUAUGGAGAAGAAAGAGCAAGAGAUGACCACAAAGAAUGCCUUGUUUCACCAACAGAAAUUGGAAAAAUUCGGAAACCACACUGCAAGGAGUGAGGGCUUCCAGGGAGAGGAGGAAGAAGAGAAUGCUUCAAGGGGAACUGGUGAAGUCAUUGACCCCCAUGAAGAGAUGAUUCCAAGCAUUCGAAAAUCAGAAGUAGGCAACAAGGAAUUGGAAGAAAGCUCAAAUAUUUCAAGUGAGAUGGAAUGUUCAGAAACUGGAAACCUCGAGUUUCAAUCACCACAAGUUUCUCAGAGAAGACCCUCCAAAACAAAGAGAAAUGUAGGGAUGGGUAUGCAAGAGAAAGAGAAGGCUCGUAGCUCUACUAUACGCAGGACCAAAUCCACUAAAGGAUAGCUUUGGUUGGCAACAUUCUUGAGGGAACUUUGCUUUUGCAGAGGAUGAAGAGGAAGAAAUAUCUGUUUUGUAUCAUCAGCAUGCAAGUUGUAUUAUAAAUUGUAAACAAAAGCAUUACCACUUCGGUAGUGCUUGAGGAAUAUGGAUAACAUCCUCGAUCAUCUUAGUUC